CCUCCUCCUCCUCCUCCUCCUCCUCCUCCUCCUCCUCGGGUCCCCCAGGGGGAACCGUGCACCGCCAGGCGGGGCGGCGGCGAUGCCGGGGGCCAACGUGGGCAACGCCCGCGAGCUCUUCGACAUCGGCAAGGCGCGGGGGGAGGACGUCCACGUCACGGUCACGCCGUACGACCGCGAGGAGGGGAGGUCCUGGCGGCACACCAAGGAGUGCGUGCUGCUCACCGAGCCCCCAGCCUCGGGCCUGCUGCGCCCGCGCGCCACGGCCGUGGCCGCCCUGCUGGCCCCGCUGGCGAUAUCGCUCCUGGCGGCGAGGUGGUCCUCGUGCUGGCUGCUGUCUCUUCCAGGUCUUCUCCUGCUCUGCCUUUCCUCUUCCUCUGCCAUCUGCCUGCGCACCGGCUCGGAGAUCCACAAGCUCUGGAACUACUGGGACGGGCGCGUGCAGUUCGUGCAGGACUGGCCCGCGGCCAUGUUCGCGCGCAGCGCCUGCGCGGUGGUGCUCUUCGCCCUGGCCCUGGGCCUCUCGCUGGGCGCGGCCGCCCUGUGCGCCUGGGGUGCGCGCGCCUGGGCUGCCGGCGGAGCGUGCCCAUUCUGAGCGGCGGGGCGCUGCAACGGAAUGGACGACCGAGCCCGGGCACGUGCCCAAGCCCGAGUCCCCAAUGCCCCGACUCCCAGGUUUUCGCGCUCUCUCGUCGACGCCCGGAUGCUUCCCCGCCUCGGGCUGCGCUCCGGCAGCUGCGCCUCGCCUGGAGCGAUCCGGGGGUGCCCAGGUCGUUCCGAGCCGCCGCAGGAGAUCCCGAGUCAUGACCCGAAAAGCGAAGUCAGGGUCAAUUCUGAUCCAGCCCUGGCCCUGGAUCCGCCGUGCUUUCCGGGCGACCUCGUAAGCGGAAAGUUCCGCCUUAUUUUUCAAGCUUCAUGGAUAGCGAUUUUUUUGUGUGUGUUUUUGGUUUGACAAUUGUUGAUGUUUUGGCGAUGUUUAAUUUUUCUUCGCAAAUCCGCCUGUAGGAGGACAUGCCCGACCUGAGCCCAGAGCAGGCGAGCUGCUGCGGAGCCCGCUCGCGAGGCCUGGAGUGCUCUCUGGGCGCUCGGCCUUCCCGUUGAAUUAGCUGCUGCA